CGUCCGUGCCCACCACCAUCGCUCGUCGGCGUCGUCCCCCUCUUUCUCUCUCCUGUGCCCCGGCCAAGAAGGCAAGGCUGCCUGCCUACUGGUUGGACCUGGACGAAGGAGGACGAGAGGCUCGCUCGUCGCUGGCGCCUGGCGGUUGGUACGUGCGCGCGCGAUGGACAGGGGAACGGUGGAGGACCUCAUACGGCGGUUGCUGGACGGGAAGAAGCACAAGGCGACGGGGAAGAAGGUGCAGCUGACCGAGACCGAGAUCCGGCACCUCUGCGUCACCGCCAAGGAGAUCUUCCUCUCCCAGCCCAACCUCCUCGAGCUGGUGGCCCCCAUCAACGUCUGCGGUGACAUCCACGGGCAGUUCUCGGACCUGCUGCGGCUCUUCGAGUACGGCGGCCUGCCGCCGACGGCCAACUAUCUCUUCCUCGGCGACUACGUGGACCGCGGCAAGCAGAGCAUCGAGACCAUCUGCCUGCUGCUGGCGUACAAGAUCCGGUACCCGGACAACUUCUUCCUGCUCCGGGGCAACCACGAGUGCGCCUCCAUCAACCGCAUCUACGGCUUCUACGACGAGUGCAAGCGCCGCUUCAGCGUCCGCCUCUGGAAGAUCUUCACCGACUGCUUCAACUGCCUGCCCGUCGCCGCCGUCAUCGAUGACAAGAUACUAUGCAUGCACGGCGGGCUCUCCCCGGACCUGGACAACCUCAACCGGAUCAGGGAGAUCCAGCGCCCCGUCGACGUCCCCGACCAGGGCCUCCUCUGCGACCUCCUGUGGUCCGACCCGGACCGCGACAGCUCCGGAUGGGGCGACAACGACCGCGGCGUCUCCUUCACCUUCGGCGCCGACAAGGUCACCGAGUUCUUAAACAAGCACGACCUCGACCUUGUCUGCCGCGCCCACCAGGUCGUGGAGGACGGCUACGAGUUCUUCGCCGACCGGCAGCUGGUGACCAUAUUCUCGGCGCCCAACUACUGCGGCGAGUUCAACAACGCCGGCGCGCUGAUGAACGUCGACGCCAGCCUGCUCUGCUCGUUCCAGAUCCUCAAGCCGUACAGGGGCAAAGCACAAACGGAGUGACGACGACAGGCUGCGACCGAGACACAGGAAGGAGACGUCGAUUAGAGGCUUCGUUUAGGUUGCAAGGAGAGUAUGCCUGCGCGUCUUGCAUUCCUCUCGCAAUUUUUUUUUUGCUCCCCCUCCGAGAGCUGUCGAUCAAGUCCGCAGUUCUUCUGAAUCUUUUGCAUGUAUGUAACUGAUUCAAUACGUGAGUGUCUGUAUAUAUAAAAGACUAUAGUUUCUAAACUG